UGUGAUGUCUGAUAGGGCCCCUUGAGGGCUUGUUCCUCACAUGAGUGACAAAGACAGUGGCGGACGGCCACGAUGGUGCGGACUCAGGCACGGGCGUUCGAGGACGCAGGGGAGGACGAGAACCGCAAGGCACAGAAGAAGUGCUGCGUGUACAAGUACAUCCGCGUGGGACAGAAUCUUGGCGAGAGGUUCUGCGGGAAUCGCAUGUUGAAGUGCCUUUUUUGCGGCCACGAAUUUCAGGGAAACCAAUUCGUGGCGGGGCGCCAUUUCCGACAGGGUAAGGGAUGUCCGGAGGUGAAUGACGAGGCGCUUGUCGACAUACACUACAACACCGACUACAAGCUGGAUGGGAAGAUCCUUGAGCUGAUGCGUCGGUUUGAGGAACUUCACAAUCCAGCACCUGUGAUGGAUCCGUGCCGGGACGAGGGAGGGUUGGGACAGGAGAGGGAUGACGAGGACGUGAUCGACGUGGACAACGUCAUGGAGGAGGGUGCACGGGCGGGGCUGUCAGAGAGGGACCGACGGAAGGGCGUUGUCAGCGAGCCGGGGGGGCAGCAAGGCGAAUACUUUAAGGAUGCGCACGUGUCGGCUCGCGCACAAGCGCAUGUGGGUGCGGACGAGGCGCGACCGUCUACGGGGAAGAGGAAGGAGAGACAUGAGGGGGCGCGGCCGGGAGCGCAGAAGAGGCUUAGACAAAAUACGAUAAAGGAGUCGUAUUGUUCACAAUGGCAAACAGAGUUCAAGAAGAAGUGGAUGAGGUUUGUCUACAGUCAACGUCUGGCGUUCAACAUCUUCCGGAGCGAGCUGUGGUUGGACGUCGUCCGACACUUCAGGGAAUUGCCUGGGCCAGUGAAGGUUUUGUGGCCUUCGGAGAACGAGAUAGUGGACAUAGAGACAGUUGUCCGCACGGCGGAUGAUGUGGUGGCUGAUCUCGCGGAGGUCAGGGCUCCUUUCUAUGUCACGGGGGCCACCAUCAUGUCGGACGGCAGGAAGUCACGCGAUGCUAAACCCAUCGUUAACUUCCUUGCCGCCGGGUCACGUGGGGUGAUGUUGGUCCGGACAAUGAACAGGGAGGGUGAGCGGGACCAGGCGGAGGAUGUGUUGGCGCGGUGGAUCAAGGUGUUUGAUGACUUCCCCCGAAUGCAUGUUUGCAACAAGAUGUUGUCAGACAUUGGCUGCUCGAGCGCGUGGACCAGGGACAUCAUCAUGCGGGGAAGAGCGGUGGUGCGCUUCAUUAAGGAGCACGGCGCCGCUCUUUAUAUCUUCAAGAGGGAGAGCACGCAGAUGGGUCUUAUUUAUCCGUGCGAGACACAUUUUGCAUCCGUGUUCGCGAUGAUGGAGCAUUUACUGGCGGUGAGGUCGGCAUUGGAGAGGACGGUGGACAGCGAUAGUUGGGGUAUGGUCCCUUGGGACCGUUCCGUUCGUCAGUUGGCCAGGUGGGUUAGGUGGCAGGUGCGACAUGGCCCUUGGUGGGAUUCCAUGACCAUCCUGUUCCGUAUUAUGGAGCCUAUGUAUGACCUGCUGCGCAGGUUGGACCAUGGAGGGCUGCACAUGUCACGAGUUGUUCAGUGGACGCAGGAUGUGAUCCAAGAGGUGGCACAGGAGGUUCGCGUACUUCCGCCGGAUUCUGCACACUUCAUUGUGCAGAAGGUGCAGGCUCGGUGUGCUCACAUGUUGGAGCCGGCGCACGCCGCUGCUCACCUUCUCUGUCCCAACCGGCGGGACUUGAGGUACUACGAGGACGUAGUCAGCGACUACGACGCGAGUUUGGUGAGGGAGGCCGAGGUUUACACCUCGUCACAGAAAAGGUUCGAUGUGGCGAGCCCCGAGUACGAGACCGCAUGUGCGCAGAUGUGCGACUUUCACACACGCAGGGGGAGCAUUGCGUGGGGGGGGAGGGACGGAGACAGAGAGGCACAGAGGUGCACCGGCGAUGUAGAGACAUAUGAGGCUGGGUGUUGGUGGUCGAAGUGGGGACAGUGCGCCCCGCAAUUGCAGGUUAUCGCUCUUCGUUUCAUGUACAUAUGGACGUGCUCCUCUCCUGCUGAGAGGAAUUGGGCCGUCCACGAGGGUGUACAGACGAAGAAGUGUAACCGGCUUGAGUUUGAGAAGGUUGCGAAGUUGGUUGAGAUCUCAGCCAACGUCCGCCUUCUCUCUCAUCAGCGGGCAGGCCGCGGGUUUGCGCUGUUGUGGACUCUAGAUGAGUCGUUGUUGGACGUGGAGGCAGGGAUUGGGACUCGCCCCUCGUGGAAGGGGACGGAUGACAGGAGGACGCAGGAGGAGCUGGAGUGUCAGAGCCGUUCGUGGCAGCGAGACCCGUAUGGGUCGAGAGCUCCUCUGGGUGAGGUUGCAGAUGUUUUCGGGACUCGAGCUGCCACAUUGCGCCCGUACACUAGAGAUGACGACAGCGAUUACGAGGGUCAGGAGCAGGAGGACGAGUGGGCGGGCCCCACUGCUGCGACUACUGCCGCACAGGAGGCUGAUGAGUGGAGCGACCCGGAGGACGUCCGUAGACGGAGUGGCGGGGAUGACUUUUUCGUUGGAGUUGAUUUAGAGGGCGAGGCGGAGGUGAUGUCGAGGUUGCUGCGGCGGUUGGCGGGGACGCACUUGGGGAUUUUGGCGAGGAGUGGAUGCCGACGGGUGGCAGAGGAGGUUAUGCCUCAUGGAGAGAGCGAGUCCCGGGGGGACAUCAGUGUCGGCAUGCAUGCCGUAAUGGGAGAGAUCAGCGCCCUGCGCUCAGAGUCUUUCUCCCCUGCUAUGCGCGCGGAGUUCAUGUCGUCAGCACCGGAGGCAGAGGGAGUUGAGGACUGCAGACCCCCUGCAGAGACAUCUGCGGAGAGGCUGGAUAGGCUUGAUAGUCGUCGAGCUUGCCUCAUGGCACGAGCGGACCCCAGGACGCAGGAGUUGGCCCAUGUUGCGUUUGAGGAGCGACAGAGACAACUGGGGACAUUCACACUGGCGUCCGUUGGGACGCGGGGGGAGGCAGCUUUAGCCGAUGCGUCAAGGAUGGGAGGUGAUGUUGAGCAGGGGUCGCACGAGACCGGGUUCGCACCCCCAGAGGACCCACGUGUGGUGCCUGACCGGCCUUCUCACGACGAGCAGAGGCAGGAGGACAGUUUGCAUGAGGGCGCGGGCAUGCCUCUGGCCACGGGUUUGGUUGCGGGUGCCGCUGAUCCGAUAGCACUGACUACUGGGGUGGAGGAGGACGUCGCGGGGGACGUUGAUGUUACGGGGGCGGGGCGAGAUGGUGCACAGGUCGAUAGCGAGGUUGUACCUCGAGAGGACGUGAGAGACGGGCAUGAUGGAGACAGACAAGAGACGCCGCAGACUUUGGUAGUUCGCACAGCUGUGGGGCCGGUGGUGCCACAUCAGGGACCGUUCCUGGUGGAUCUUGGGCGUCGUGCACAUGGCGGUGGCCCGGUCGCGGAGCGACGAGUAGGCAGGGGCACGUGCGCGCCUUCGGUCCCUACUUUUGCGUCGUCACGGGAGAGGCCGCAGAUUAGGUAUGUGGCCACGCCUCGCGGCAGCCUCCCAUUUGGAUGUAUGACUGCUGAGGAGUUGGAGGCGCACGGCGGGAUGGAUUUGACCGAGAUCGACAGGCGGUGCUUCAAGAGGCCUCUGCGGGCGGGCCGUCUGGCUCACGUGCAGGACUUGUCUUGGGGGCCAGCUAGCCCUAGCUUACCUUCAGGAGGUUCUGUCGCGGCGCCGUCUCACGGCGCGACAGGGCCAUCCUCACCAGCGAGCGUAGUUGGGGAUGAGAGCGGCAGUCUCACCCCGAGGUCGGCUGCCCGUAGACGGAGAGACACUACCGACCAUGCGCGGGUGUCAGAGGACAGCAUGUUGUUCGGUCGCACUGAUCGACCAUGGAGUGAGACGAGACGGGUGACGACUGCGAGUGCCGCUCGGCAGCCAGGUUUGAGAGAGGUUUCCAUGACCGGAAGUCGUCGUGAUGUUGUGGCGUCGGGGUUCGGCGGUAGAGGCGGGGAUAGUGGUGGCAUGCCUGGCAGAUGUGAGGGCUCAGGCGGUGCCACGGGGGGCGGAGCAGAUCCGCCGUUGACGUACGGUUUGAGAGAGGCAUCUCUUAUUUUACAGGAGCCAGAGGUUGUUACAAAAGCCAGGCAGGCCCAACACGUGCCCUUAGAUCGACGCCAGGAGGGGGAGACUUCAGGGGCAGAUGGUCUUCCUAUGCGUCGCGAUUCCCGCCGACAUGUUGAUUUGGCAGCCGCAGGUAUACCCGGUAUAGUCAGAGGCAGGAGAGUCAUUAUGGACGACGACCCCGACGAGGCUCCCGAGCCUUCCAUUGCCGGACGCGGCGGCCAGCGGCAGAUAGGUCGAGCACGUGGCACUGGCCGCUCACACGGGCAGGGUUCUCAUCGGUCCAGGCGGGAUUCGCAUGUAGACGACGAUCGUUGAUGGUCUACGAACUUGCGUUUUCGCGGCCCGGUCUCAGUGUAGUUCAUUUGUUUUGUCGUC